CUUGUCUGUUCCACCUGCCAUCACACACUUGCGUGUGCACAAUCACUCACUCACUCACUCACACACACACACCACGCACACAUUCACGCACACAUUCACGCAUAUGAAGGAGGAGGACGACGAGCCAGAUGUGGAGGAUGUGCACGACAGCGAUGUGCCUGCUGUGUCGUCAUCAUCCCAGAUGGACUCCAACGAGCCCGAGGACCCGCUGGCGUCGAGCAGCCAGAGCGCCACCCUCACAGCACCCGUCCCUGACACAUCAACAGCCUCCACAACAACAGGCACACACCACCACCACCACCAGCAGCAGCAGCAGCAGGGUGAUGACGUUGGGGCGGCUCCCUCGGCCUCGUCAUCGUCGGCAUUGCCCCAGUCGGCAACCAAGCUGCGGUUCCAGGAGACGAACCUGGAGGACUUUACCAUUGACAUCAAGUUUCCGCUCAAGCACGGCGAGGGGAGACGCGCAUACGCAAGCUACACCAUCGAGACAAAGGUUACCCGCGAUGGCCCGUUCAAGGCGAGCGAGAUGUCUGUGCAGCGGCGCUAUUCUCACUUUGCGUGGCUGCGUACCCAACUUGCCCGCUGCGUGCCUGGUCGCAUCGUGCCCCCGGUCCCGCCAAAGCACGACCUCACCAUGAACAAGUUCAGCGAGCAGUUUCUCGAGACGCGCCGCGCAGGCCUCGAGCGGUUUCUACGCCGUGUUGCUGCACACUCCGUCCUCAGCCACAACCCAGCUUUCGUUGCGUUUCUUGAGCUGAAGACGCACGAGUUUGAGACGUACAUGAAGGAUCACGCCUCCGAGUACAGCCGAGAUUCCCUCGCUUCCUCCAUCCAGUCCCUCGGCACCUCCCUCGCGGAGCGUGACCCCACGUCCCGGUACGUGCGCGAGCGAGAGCUACAGCAGCAGACGGAGAAGGCGACGAGACGCAUGGCCGAACUCAGCACCAAGAUUGUCGCUGCCCACCGCGACGAAAGCAGCCUGCAGCAGGAGGUUGCUGUUGCGUUUCGCGCCCUGGCAGAGAGUGACACCGACAUUUCCGUCUCCUGUGAAACCAUCGCUGACGGCCUUGAGAAGGUGUCUGCGGAGAGUGAAGAACACCUGCGCGCUGUUGACCGCGACUUUGCCCAGCCCGUCCAGGACUUUGCCCUCUACCCACAUGCCGUCAUGGAUGCACUGCACUGGCGGGAUGUGCAAGAGGCGCGGCGGCAGCGGCUGGAGACGACGCUGGCGAACAAGGAGGACGAGUUGUCAAAGCUGCAGACAUCCGACCAGAAGACCUCGCUCGGCGCCAUCUUCGGCAAGGACCCCGAGGCCAUCAAGCGCGAGAAGAUUGAGAAGACGACACAGCAAGUGCAGGAGCUGACGGAGGCUGUGGAUAGCGCCUGCGACAAGGAGGCGGUGGCAAACGAAACCCUCAACUCUGACCUGGACCGCCACCAUGAGGUGCAGGAACACGAGCUGAGGCGAGUGAUAGCCGCGUGGGCCGAGCACGAAGCAGAGCGCUACACGCAGAUUGAGGACGCGUGGGCUGGCGUGGAAGCGUCACUCACACAGCAAAUCGAGUUGCAAGAACGGAAGUUGAAUGCAAAAGAAGUGUAAGUGCUUGCGGGGAUAUUUUCGCUUGACAUUUCAGGUUCAUAUCUUGUGUCAUGCACUCGCACUCAUUCACACGCACUGACACACACA